AUGGUUGACUGGGUUCCAGAAGCUGAGAAGGCUCUGGUCUUCCCACAGCUGACAGAUGAGAACUAUAGUUUAUGGUCUUUUCGGGUGGAGGCGCUUUUGACCUCUAGAGAAGUAUGGACCUAUGUAAUUGAUGACCCUCCUGACCCUGUGACUAAUGCUUGGUCGAAAGGAGAUGCAAAAGCCAGGGCGAUAAUUAAUUUGGCAGUCAGCGACCAGCAAGUAGUUUAUAUAAGAAAUAAGAAAACUGCCAAAGAAAUGUGGGACAGUCUUGCAGCAGUGCAUGUUAGAAAAGAGUCAGCGUCUGCAUUGGCGUUUUUCAAGCAGCUGUACCAGACGAAGUUGAGGCCUGGUGGUGAUUUGGCAGCACACUUGAGACGUCUGGAGGCGAUACGCAGCGAAUUAAUUCGAAGGGACAUGGAGAUACCUGAUAUUCAGUAUGUUUUCAUCAUCCUUUGUUCCCUUAAUGAGGACUUUGAUGGUAUAGCUAGCCAGAUAUCUGCCGUUCCACCAGCACAAUUAACUGUGGAAGGGGUAACGGCAAGAUUAAUGGGCGAGUUGGACAGAAGGGAGGCUUGUGCCAUAAGCACUCCUAUUUCCAGAAAGAAUGAGGAACACCAUAUGCAAACUUGUGGUGAUACAACUGCAUUUAAAGCUGCAAAGCGUUGUUGGUUCUGCAAUAAGCAAGGACAUUUUGCAAAGGACUGCAGAUCCAAAAGAAAGCAAAGUACUCCCAAGUCUGUUUCUGUUCGUCAGUCACAGUCGUCAGCUCAGCAGCCGGCAUCGUACCGUAAAGACAGAAACGAGCCGCGAGCUUUUCACGCUAGCACAAGAGAUCGUAAAAGAAUUAAAGGUGCCAAGUGGAAUUCUUUUAUUGUGGACUCAGGAGCAUCUCAGCACGUUUGCAACGAUCGAAGCUUGUUUAUUUCUUUCGAAGAGGAAAUUGGUAAUGUACAUUUAGCCAGUUCACAAGUCUUGCAGUCGCUUGGCAGGGGUACUGUUAAACUUGACUCUUUAAACAUUACUAUAGCGAACUGCAUUUACUGCCCAUCAGUGGACAAUUUAUUGUCAGUAAGGUGUUUUGCUCGUCAAGGCAUAACUGUGCGUUUCUUAAAGUCAAUGUGUGAGUUUUUCGAGGGGGAACAAACGUCUAUUGUAUGCCCGGGAAUCUGA